CUGGGUUAGAAAGAACAAGACUCAAGGGAAUGGUAAACAUGCUUGUAUAUUUUAAAUAUUAAAAUCAGUUGAACAUUUUUCUUGUUUUUUGAAAAUAUCAUUACACAUAUGAAAUUAGAGAGAUUAAUAGUAAUUUCUAUGAAUUUUUUUUUGCUUUUUUUAUUGGCAAAGGCACGGCAAUUUAUACCGACUUUUGCCAACAGAUAAAACUGUAGGAAGUAAUUCAAGGGGUAAAUAAUAUUGAUACUUAAGAUUUAUCUCAGGCUUCCUCAACUUUGGCCCUUUAGAUGUUUUGAGACUACAAUUCCCAUCAUCCCUGACCACUGGUCCUGCUAGCUAGGGAUCAUGGGAGUUGUACGCCAAAAACAUCUAGAGGGCCGAGGUUGAGGAAGCCUAAUUUAUCUUAUGUAAGUAAGGAUUAUUCAAUUAAUCUAUUAUUAUAAUUAAUUGUAAAGUAUGGAAGCUGUUAGAACUGUAAGCCCUGGAAACUCUUUAACUAUGGAGGUGCUGGUACUUAGGAUCGAACAUUCCUCCAUGUCACCUCUCUCUUCAGGACUGGGCCUUGGCACUAGCACUAAACACGCAUUAGGGGACCACAUUCUUUUUAUUAUUAUUAUUACAUAUUUGCAUGCUGCUGCUGCUGCUGGCCUCCUGGGUUUCAAGCACUUCCGCCAGUAGUUUCGCCACUCAAUUGGUCAUCCCUUUCCCUAAUCUUCUGUACAUUUUCCCUUCUUACCGAUAGACUUUAGCCAUGCAGUGAAGCUCUCAUGGUGUAAAACUCAUCAGUGGACCAUUUCUUGUCUUGUUUCCAGCUUCUCCAAAAGCCUCUUAGAUCUCUCUCUCUUUCUUUCUCUGCUUUAGCAGCUGUGCAUGCUACGCCCUGCCCUGCCUAUUGAGGCUGCAUUCCUGGAACUGACCUCAACUUGACUUCUUGAGCAGAAAUCCCUAAGUAAAGCAUAUUGAUAUGUUUUUCUUACUUGGGAUGAUCUACCCAGGAAAGUAGCAUCUGCCCUGAUUUUGCAGGGAGGGCGCUGAUCCACCAACAUAACAGGACCAAUAUAAAAUGUUUGCGACUGAAAAACAGUGUGCUAUGAUUAUUCAUUUCAAAACAUUGGCAUGUGUUACACUGAGUAUUCGUGAUGUUAUGAUACCUCAUGGAGAGAAUUUGUAGCAGUGAUAGUAAUCAAAAUAUCUGACAUUGAUUAUGUCUCUAGGCCAUGUGACUUUAGUUGCAAACCUUCCACCUGCUGUUGUUUGUUUACAUAUCCCUUUAUCCAAGGAGCAUAAUUUACAUUAACCUUAGUUUAUAACAACCCUGUGAGAUAGGUUGAGUUAGAGACUAACCCAAGGUCGCACACAUUGAGCUUCAUGGCUAAGUUGGAAUUCGAACCUGUGUGUCCCCAGCCCUAGCUUGGCACUCUUAACUACCAUACCAUGCUGGUGGUGAAAACUGUCAUUUGUUAUCACAGGUGGAACAUGGGACUUAAUGUUUGUGUGCAUAGGAAGGCCUAAAGUCUGAUCCUAAAGGCAGACCCUUAAUUUUCUGAAAAUCAGUAUCGAGAAGCUCUGCCAUAUAAGGUUUAAUCUUUCUACAAAAUGGUUCAUCCCAGCCCUAUAUAGUAAUAGUAAAUCUGUUCCUCUUGAAGUAUGAUUAAAAUAAAGACUUGGAUCUUAAUUGUUCUUUCUGUGACUGGUAGGACUACUCCCACUUAAAGGAGACUUUGCAUGUAGUGGAGGAUCUCCCUGGCAGAAAAGAGGAGGCCAUUUUUGGCUGUUUUUACUUCAAACUGGAAAAUCCUUUCAAAAAGGAAGGAGAAAUAAGCACAGGAAGUCCCCCAUUCUGCUGGUGAGAGUGUUCUGCGAACAGAACUUUGAUCACAUUAGUGGAAAGGAGUCCAGCCAUGGUAUUUUACAAUCCUUUGAAGGAUGAGAAACAUCCCACCCUUCUAAGAUUCAGAGCUGAAGAUAAUUUGUGCUAAGUGGAUAUAAAGUUCACUCUAGGAACGCUCUAAUGGAUGACAGGGAAUCUCCUACAAAUGACCUGCAGUUAAGUUUACAAGGCUCACUUCGUACCGACACACUUCUGGAAAAGAUCAAAGCUUGCUUAGGUUCUUCACCAGAUGAAAAUGAAAAUCAGCUUAAUGGAAGCAAGCACGAUACUCUGAAAAGCAGUGACGACACAAUGGGAAAGGUUGAGCAGGACAGCAUAAAUAAUAAUGAGGAUAGCGGAGACUACACGUCCUCCUGCCAAGAAGAUGAAAGUGAUAAGCCAUCUAGAAGCUUCGCUGCAGAUGAAAUGCUCAUUUUAGAAAAAGGUGGCUCUGAAAAGAGGAGUUCAAGGAAAACGAAAAGUUCCAGCAGGAAAGCAGCUAAGCAAGAGAAGACUGGCAUUACAGCAACAGGUUCUACAUCAGAUGAAGAUGGAAACAAGACCAAUGCAAACUUUCCCCAAAAGGAUCCAACCCAGACUUUGCAGGCCCUCUUCUCUCUUCUUCGAGAAGAAUUUGAGCAGAUGGAUUCAAGAGUCCUCCCCCUGUGCCUCCAUGAGAUUGCUGAAACGUAUUUUCAAGAUGGAGAAUAUGAGAAAGCCAUGAAAUUUAUUCAGCUUGAACGGUUAUAUCAUGAGCAACUACUUGCAAAUCUUUCUUCCAUACAACAAGAGUGGGAAAAAAAAUGGAAAGCAGCAGCAUCUAACGAGGUUCCAGCUCUAAAACGUUCUGCUAAAGUCCUGAAUAAUGAAGAGUUAGACAAACUUGCUAAACUUUGCACAUCACAUCAAGAGCCGCUGGUCUUCCGAAGCAAGCUAAUAAGUAAAGAAAAAUCCCUGAAACGUGAGAGUUUCAUAGGGUUAAGGAUCUCUGAAGAUCUUAAGGAAAGAGGUGCUGCUGCAUGUGAUUCAGAUACUCAGACUUGGCCUGGCACUGAACCAAAGAAAGAGAACAAUCACAAAGAGAGUGAGAGGUGUGAGAGCUUCCAACCCGAAAAGCGUCAUCGGCUUGAAGAGAAGGCAAGUCUUCGACUUUCUGUGGGGAAGCACCACAUGGAGGAGGGGCGCUGCAAAGCUGAAUCAACACUGGAGCCACCCACCCGGUCCACAGAGACACUGGGCACGCCUCAGCCAGGCUGUUUAUCUACAAAGGAUGCUAGUGAAGAUGACAGUCUGCAGCCAAGAGAAGAGCAGUUCUCUGAGGAUGUAGCAAAAAUAGAAGCAGCUGCUGAGGAGCCUGCAGCAGAGUGCUCUAGUGAGCCAAUGGUAGACACAUUGGUUUUGACAGAUGCCGAUUAUAUGCCUCCUGAUCUAAUUUCCUCAGAUGAAACUGUUCAGUCUGAACAAAACUUACUCAGGUCAGCUGGCUCUAUUGUGAUUUCCAGUACUCAGUUGGGGAGCAACGUAUUAAACAAGCACCAGCAACAGACAGCUUAUGGAAGUGAUAGGAAAUCUGUGCAGGGCAGAACACCAGACAUUUCCGAGGAUGUACACACUGAAGGUAACAUGCCUGAACUGGGCAGUGUUCCAUAUGAAGGGAUACAGGAGGAAACAGCAGUACUGGAAGAGGAGCGUGAAAAUGAAGAACCAGAAGACCUCUUUGAUCGGGUUUUAAAUGGUUGCAUAACAGACAGAGAGGAGUCCCUUAAAUACCUAGCAAGCCAAGGGGACUCCGAAAUUCUUCCACAUAUGCCUCCUGAACAAGCACUUUAUAGUUCAUCGGAAGGUUAUUCACUGGAUGAAAGCUUUUCUUCACUUGAUGAACUUGCAAAACGAAUAGAGAUUGCAGAGAGUGUUCCUGCAGAGGGGCUUGUGUCAAUAUUAAAGAAGAGAGACGACAGUGAUGCUCAGAUCCAGCGGAGAGAGUCUAAAAGAAGAGUAAGAUUUCUAGAAAUGGAAGACACAUUCGACCAAGAGGAAGUUGGAGGUGGCUCCUGUGUUCUGCUCAUCUUAUUAUGCGUAGCAACUGUAUUCCUUAGUGUUGGAGGAACUGCGCUGUACUGCACGCUUGGUGACACAGAAUCUCCUGUAUGUACUGACUUUGCCACCAAUAUGGACUUUUAUUAUACCCGAAUAGUGCAGGGUGUAGAGGAACUUAAGCACUGGCUAUCCUUCACAUAGAAGAAAUUGCUGACAGCUCGCUGACAAUUGUUGAAGAGAGAAAAAUAUUUCAAGCUGCUUGUACCAUGGCACCUUCAGAAGAGGUACAGUGAAUGACAUAGGAAGUACCUCUGCAUAGGAGAUACUUUCCUGUAAUCAGGGGUGCAUAAGUGGAAUUCAUGCUACUAUAUCAUGAGGCAGCAUGACGGACUGUUAAACUGCCUUACUGUUACCUUUGUGAGAUGCUUUGAACAGCGAUCCACCAACCUUAGGAAAUGAAGAAGAGAAAAAGUUUUAUUACCUACCCUACAGUUUCCAGUCCCCACAUAAUUGUAUGCAAUCCAUGUAAACUUAGAGCAAGACUAUAUUGUAUUUCUGGCUGAUCAUGCAAAGAUGUUGUCUUCAACUAUCAUGCAAUAAGUCCAUAUUUUAUGGAAACGUACCUUAUUUGGGUUUAAUUACUGUUUGUCCUGAUUUUUAAUUGUCCUAGUGAGUUUUUGUAAUUUUAUUAGAGUGGUGCAGCAGAAAUCAGAGUCCUCAGCCUAGUUGUUAAUUAAUUUGUCUUACAUUUCAGAUUGUAGCAGCUGUAAUGAGUGGGUGCAUCCAUUACUUCAUAUACAGCUUUUUAGUUGUAGAUUCCUUGAAAGUAGAUUUUUAGAAAACAUUUGCCACAACAAUAAAAAGUGGCAUUUUAAAUAAUUUUUACGGCCAAUAAAUUGUACCAUCUGCAUCCCUUGUAAACGGCUAUGUCAGACAUUUCUUUUUUAGAUAUACAACUAUUAAGUUUUAAGUGUACAUCUAAGAAUGAAAACAACACAAUUGCAAACACCACUAUCAUGUCCAGGGAGCCAUUAUCAGCUACACUUCCCCACUGAGUGGCAAGUAUGGUUUCUUCUUUGUAGUGAGCAAAAUAAGCCUCAGUAUCAAAACUGCCUUAGCUUUAAUAAAGCAACUGAUUUCUCCUUGACCAAAUUAUGAAGGAAAAGGGAAAAAAUAAUGAAGAAAGCUCUGAAAAAGCUUGCAUAUGAGCUUAAAAGUUGAGUAUCUGAUAUAUAUUCUCUCACCCAUGAAAAAGAUGAGCUUCAGUCUAUCUUGUGGCGACAGUGCAUUUUUAGUUUUCCUUUUAGCUGAAAAUUUUGUUAAUUCCAUAACUGAAAAUGACAACAAACACUGGGCUCAUGACUGACACCUGCCGAAAUCUGUUUGGAACUUGGUUCUUAUUCAGUGUCGGUAAUUUUUUUCCUUUUAAAUAUCCACUGCAUGCUGAUUCCUUCUAAUCAGCAUUUCUUAAGCUUUCUCAUAAUGAUAUGUGAGACUAGAGAAAAGUUGGAUAAAAUCCCUAAUUCUCUCCCUACCAAGAAGAAAUUGCUUAUAUAAUAAAGCAUAAGAGCCCACUGGAUUAGGCCAGUGGCCCAUCCUAUCUAAGGUUACCAGAUUUUUUCCAAUGAAUCCAGGGACACUUUUCAACAUAAGUCGGAAUGAUGGGAUUUUGUAUGGGGACUGAUUUGUAAAUCUGGGGGGUGUCCCCGGGAAACGGGGACAUCUGGUAACCUUAAUCUAGUCUAGCAUCCUCUUCUCCUGGUGCCCAACCAGAUGGCUGUGGGAAACCCCCUGCCAUUUCCAGCAACUGGUAUAAAUAUACAUUUGUACUGUAAAACUGGAAUAUAAUGUCUAUUUUUUUAAAUUAAUGGUAUAAUCUGUUAGUUGAUAAUGAAAUUAAAGGCUUGAUUGAGGCUCGCAGUCAACAGUUAUGCUUGUAUUGGAGGAAGCGGGUCGGAAGGCAAUUUUUGCUAAUCUCCCUCCCCCCUGCAGUCUUCUUUGUCCCCUGAAAACCUGUCCAGAGUGUUUUGGAAUUCUCUGAAACAGGGUGGGAAGUAGCUUUGGGGCAGAAGACAAAAGAGGGAAUUGGCGAGAAUCACCACCACCCCUUCCUUCAUGGGCAGCAUCCGCUGGAUCCCAGUUCCCUCUCUAAAAGGAAGGAGCCUUUCUGUUCCCAGAGGGGCAACUAUGGAUCCAGCCUUAUAUCUUCAGAAAGCAGUCUCCAGGGCUCUAGUGCAUUCCACUAAAGGUGUGUGCAGGAUAUGCUAGUGGUGUAUGAUGCAGAGUGUACCAAUAUUAAGGCCUUAGCUGUGCAGAAAACAAAAGUGCAAUGGCAGUGAAAGUUAAAUUGUGAAAACGGUGUUCUGAAUGUUAAACUUCACAAGGGAAGGUUUGGGGGCAUUUGAAAGGAUAUCCAUCUUAAUGUGAAUUGGUAAGAAAAAGAAUUGUUUUUAUAUCACGCUUUUCCUUCAGAAGAAUGACAUGUUAACUACACUGGUAGUGCUUCUUCUAGGGAUGUCCCCUCUCUGCUAAGUGGCCAGUGUUAGGCAGCUAAACUUUUUUACCUGUCUCUAUCUAUGUGAUAAGAGAGAGAGGGAGGGAGAGAGAGAGUGCAUAUCUGGCACACCUGUUUAAUUAGCAGGCUGGGUAUGUCUUUUGGGUUGGAUCUCCUCUUUCUUCCCAACCCUUCUUGGAGAAGACUCUUUUGCAUUUUGACCUCUGGUGCACCAAUCCCAUUUAGUUCCAUUGGCUGGCCGGCCUGCAAUGUUGGCAAAGCAGUUAGUUGUAGAGUUAUGUUGGCAUAGCUGUUGGUAUACUUCAGCCUAAGGUUAGGAUCCAAAGAGCUCCUUAGCUGCCUGUGCACAGAUCUUUCCACAUUAGCGUUGCCCUUUCUACCCCCCACCCCCACCCCAGCUACAGUUUCUCACACCGCACCGCCAGGGAUUAUUCUUGCAGUUCUCCAGGGUAUAGGAAGUCGUUUUGGUGGAGGCGAAACAGCUUUUGAAACUAAGGAUUCAGAAACACACUUGCUCACCCUCCCAACUACAGUGGUCCCUCGAGUUACAAACACCUCAGUUUACAAACGCUUCAGGUUACAAACUCCGCUAACCGGGAAGAGUGACCUCGAGCUGAGAACUUUGCCCCAGGAUGAGAACGGAAAUCGUGCACAGCGGCAGCAAGAGGCCCCAUUAGCGAAAGCACGCCUCUAGUUAAGAACAGUUUCAGGUUAAGAACGGACCUCCGGAACAAAUUAAGUUCGUAACUAGAGGUACCACUAUACUUGGAUUUCUUGGCCUGAGGAUUUAUGUGCUGACAGAGCAAGUCUUACAAUGGGACAGUAAGCAAUUUUACAUGUUUUGUGUCUAAUUGGGGGGGGGGGAACCCUCUGUUAUGUCUAAACACAGUUUUCCAUGUGCACUCCAAAUGCCUUUUGUGUUCCACUAUAGCAGUGCUUGAAACUUCUAAAAGGGAGGCAUGAGUUUUAAACCUGGUUACUGGCUGGUUCAGUACAUCACUUUUGUCUGCUCUUAUUAAGUUAGCUUGAUCUGUAAAGGAAUUUUCUUAUUAUUUUAUUUUGUAAUUUUAUGAUGGAUUGUUGAUGAGCAUGCCUUCUGUAGCUAUAAUGUUGUAUCUAUAAUUAUGUAGUUACUAUAUAUUUUGGGGUUUUGUAAUUUUCAGUUUGACGUUCUGUUGAAUAUUAAUGUUUAAAGCAACCACGAGUUUCACCUCCGUUUUAAAUGUUUGUGCUCCUGAUCACCAAAAACAUUGAGAAUGAUAACUUGAUUUUUUUUUUUAAGUACGCCAUGAACAGAGAUCAAGAAGCCUUGUACUUAGGUUCAUUUUGGCAGAAGUAAUGUUAAAAUUAUUUUUAUUGCACAUUUAAAAGAGAAAUGCAACACAGAUUUUAAAAUAUCUCACUUUGCACUAGGGUUGCCAGAUGCCCCUUUAUAAAAAAAAAUAGUUGUUUGAUUUCAGAUCACAGCAGUACCAUAGAACAGAAUGGAUCUCCUUUAUUUUGUAACACCCUGCUCCACCAGACUCUGUAUAUUUUUGAAUUUUUACUAUGGCAAUCCUAUCAUUAUACAGUAUCACCUUAAACUGACAUACUCUGUAGCCACAGAGCCCAGGCCACAGCACCCAUACUGCCCUUGUUUGAGGUGGAGGGCAAACAGAAUAGGCAGGUGUCCUGAGCUGGGUUUAGAGCAGUCUUAUGGUUGAUCUCAUUUAUUAGCACUAUAUGGAAGCAGUCUCGAAUGUUGCAUGUGCUGCUUCAUCUCUCUGCUGAUCAUGUGAUCCUGACCUGUAGCUAGAUAUUCCAGUUGGUUCAUAUAAGAAAUUAAAACAUCAGUGAAACGUUGGUACUAAUUCUUGUUUGGUAUGAUGGUUCACAUGCUGUGUGGUGACCUUUCAGAUGGUUGGCUGCAUAACAAAAUUUGCUCUACCUGGCCUUUAAAAUAAUGCAAAAGUUGCUCUCCAUAGUAUCUCAGGCUCGGAUUCUGCAAACAUUUUAUGCAAAUGCGACCGAUUUGAAAGAGAAUGCUCUUGUAUAAAGCUAUGUUGGGUCUCGACCUCCAUUUUGAAACCGCGCUAAAUGAAAAGGGUAGAUAAAACAAUCUUACUUUUCUAUUUGAAAAUACUGAAUAAAUUAGAAGCGCAUCUCCAAAUUGCUGUAAAAUUGAAAGGAACUAGAAGGUAGGAAACAGUCUUUCUCUUUCAUUGUAAUUCAUGUAUGCAAAAGGCCUUGAGCUAUAACCUAUUUCACAUGGUUGUUUCCUCCUAGUUGUGAAUGGCUGGGUCUUGUAAAUAAAGCUAAAUGUGAGAGAGCAGAAAGCUAGGACAAUACUAUUAGAUUGUUCCAAAUUAUACUAUAAUACAUGGGAUGUGGAACUUUUAUAAAUUUAUAUAUAAAAACAGUUGGCUGAAUAUUAAGCUACAUUUGUUUAAAAGAAAAAUCAAUUCUAGUUAUAAGUUGCUUCUACUUUAAUAAGGCACAUUUUGUCCAAUCACUGCCUCCCAGCUUGCUAAUCUUUAUACAGUAUAUUGUACAUGUGUGCAAUUGUGCCUCAGUGGAUGUGCAAUCAGUUACUGCCAACAAUGGGAAUGCCUUAAGCUUUUUUCAGUAAAACGCAAGUGAAAAUCCUAAAGCCAAAUUGGGUAUCAAGUUGAAUUUUGUUAGUCUAGCUAGCUCACAUGCUAUUGAACUUCCAAUAAAAGGGCUGUUACACUCGUAAGAAUAAGAAAACAUAGCAAUUUAACUUCUGCUACCAUGUCAAGGCAAAUCAAAGUCAAAUAAUAGAUGUGAUAAAUCAAACCUUAGCUACUAAUAACAAGGGAGGAAAUUGCUAUUUGAAAACAUCAACCAAGCUUGUGAUUUCUAAAUAUAACGAACAAAAAUAAAGUGUCCCUGAGAAAAUG